AUGGAGACGCGGCGCCGUCACCUCGCUGUGCUCCUCGACUGCGAUCUCGCGGGUGCUUGGCUCGGGAUUCGCGCCGCGACUCCCCAGUACCCCUGCCACGAGAUCGAUCACGAGAGUCUUCCCUGUACUUGUCGCGACGGGAAGGCGACGGCGAUGCUCGACGAGGACGCUCUCUGCUACGUUCGCGUGUUCUAUGGUGGCUUCGGCCAGAAGGCUGCGACUUGUCGGGAGGGGGGUCGCGCGGUUUGCUGUCUGGCAAUCUGUCUGAGUCUCGAGGUCGACGUGGUGGAGGCGAAGGAGAUCUGCGGGAGCGUGUCACUUCUCGACCAGCUCUGCCUCGGUCUCUGCGCUCAUCGCCUGAUCUGCGGUCGUCUCUCAUGGCGACAUGUCGAGGGCGGUUGCGGUGGUAGGACUCCAUCGCUCCAGCCGAUACGAUUUGAGUUUUUAGGUAUGAGCACGUUGCCUGCCGAAGUUUCCCCGAUAACGUGA